CUUGUCUGUCCCGCUCACUCAGACCUGUCAGGAAAGUCCUGUCCAUCUCCUCCUUCCCCCCUCAGCAGCACGCACUCACAACUCCCUCUGACCAUGUGGCGGAUCCACAGCAUGGCCGUGGUCCUGGCGCUCUGCACGCUGUUGCUGCGCGACGGUGUGAUGGGCCAAGAUGAUCUCGUUACAGACGCACCUGCAGUGGAUCCAGCUGAUGAUGCGACUCCUACUGUCAUGGACGCCGACUCGCUGCUCGACAUCACAGAUGCUCCACAUUCUGGAGCCUCCCCGGUGACCGAUGGAGACUCUGAUGCACCCAUGGGGAACACUAGUCCUCCAGCGAGCAGCCCAGCCGGGGGAGACCAGCAGCAAGAUGAGCCCUCGGGGACCACAGCCGGUCCUGUUGCACACGCUGACGACGACCCCGUGGUCAUAGAGGCGUCCGAUUCUUCCAACAUCGUCAAACCGAAGCCCUCGGUGGAGUGUGUCGGCAAGGAGGACAUCGAGGAGAGUCGAGCCGUCAAAGCUGUGGUCACCACUACUGACUGCGAGUACACCAAGCGGCUCAUUGAGUCCAGCAACGUGCGGUGCCACACUGAUAGCUGUCACAUCAAAGUGUACCAGGAGGGAAACAACGUACAGAUGGUCAGGAAUGAUGCGAGACCACACACUCUGGUUGAAGCCCUCCAGGGGGAAUGGAAGAAUGAGCUGGGUGUGGCGAAUGUGGAGGCGCCCUCGUCUUCGUCCUCGUCAAAUCGUUCCGUAUUCGUGGGGAUCCUGAUCACCGGUCUGCUGGUGGCGGCCGCCAUUGUCGGCGCUUACUGCAAAUGUCAGCGCCGGACUGACAGCAAGGGAGUCAAACUGGCAGAGGAGACUUAUCCAGUGGACCUGGAGAACCAGGGCAACACGCUGGUGUCCGUGGCCCCCCUUAACCCUACCACAGAGGGCCAGGAGAAAGCCAACGCCGUGAACGGAGAGUCUCCUGAAGCUGACAAGAUUGAGGCUCCGCCUCCGACUAACGGUCACUCUGCCGCCAAGACGGCAGACACCGAGCUGUGAACCCCCCCCCCCCCCCUCCCCCUCCACACACACACACACACACAUUACACACACCCCUUCACACCUACAUAAUCAUCAGGGACUACAAAAAAUAACUCUCAUGGACUUUGCCCCCCUGGCUCCUCCCUUUCCCCUUCUUUGGCCGCGCGCCGCCACGAGCAUCAGGACAAACAGUCGGAUGAUGAAGAAAGUGGUGAUGGCGGACGUUAACGACGGCUCAGUCCCCGACUCGUCUGCGGCACUCGGGCCCGAGAAGGGAGAUGUGCCCUUUUGGCGUCGCCGCUUAUGAAGCCGCCGCCACCGCCUGUCAGCCCGACUUGAGGUCAUCAGGGUCAGAGCUGCGCACGAGCAAAACUGUCAACUUGAAAAUGUCCAUUGGUAUGAACGUGCACCUUAGUGAUGGUAAAUGAGUGUGUGGCACACUCACUAGCUGUAUUGACCGAUACUCUUGUUGGUGUUCCAUCACAUAUAUUUGUAUUAGUAUAUAUAUAUAUAUAUAUAUAUAUAUAUAUAUAUAUAUAUAUAUAUA